AUGCCUUCUUCAAAUGAGAAUUUGUCUACAGGGAGAUAUUGUGAUCUUUCUCGUUUGGAAAAGUUUCGUCAUAAAUGUGAUUUAGACAUCCCAAAGAAGUCUACAAUUGAUCACCUUUAUAUAGAUUUUCAAUUCCUAGACAUGUUUCUCAGCUUGCAGAGCUUCACAACUGAAUGCUGGGAUGCUACACAGAAAGUACAAGCUCUUUGGGAUGCAGCUGAAUUCGAAAGAAUCAACUGUCUCGACGAUGUUAAAUCCGUGAACGAUAAGUUGGACGAACAGAUCUGGGAGACUAAGUUGGAACUCAAAGCUAAAUACUCCUUUCCCAAAGCACUUUCUUCCAACAUUGCUACUCCCGAAUUUGUAAAGAGAUUCAUUGAUACUGUUGUAAUGAAUCUCACUGAUUUACCGAAGAUAUCUCAUAGUUAUCUUUGGUUUAAAUUUGUUCCUUGGCAACAAAUAGAAGAGAUUGUAAAGGAGUUGAAGUUAUUGAGAAAUUUUGUCUACUUUAUUUCAGACAGAUGCACUGAUCCUCAAAGCCAACAUACUUUCUUCACUCAUGUUAUAGUUGUGGCUGGUCAUGCAGCAAUGACUUCCUGGUUUUGUGUACCAAGCAAUUGGAGGGAUCCCUUCCGUUCAAUUAAAAUGAAGGCUGCAUUUUCUGACUUUCAAAUGAAUAUUCAGCCCAUUCAACCAUGUAUCCGCAAGAUCUAUAUUGAUGUCCUGCAUGCUCUAAAAUCAGUAUGCCAUCCGAAAAUCCAAGCUGAACAUGUUGCUGAUUAUAAAGCUGGAUUUGUGGAGACUCUCGUACACCAUAUGGAAGAGCUACGUCCCAUUACUGAUAAGCACAAAGAGAGAGUUUCUUUCAAGGAUCGAAUUACAAUGCUCAAUUUCUUGAGAACCAAUCUCAUCAAUCUACCAAGAGAGGCCCUUGAAGAUUUUGAUACAGCAAUUAUUAAUGUAGGGCUUCUAGUUUACUCGACAUUUGACAUCGUGGCUGUUAGGGAGUUAAACCAAGUGCCAGUUCUUGAUUUCUCAGGCGAUACUCAGAGUAUACAAGCACUGAUCUACUUCCUCACUCGGAAGUCAUUUUGCUCCAAUUUACCUAAGAUUGAUGGACUGGGAUCUAUUGAUAUCAUUUUAGACGACCUGAAGGAUUUUCUAAGCCGCUACUCAAACUUACUUCCUUCUAUAAGGAGCCAACUUUGGACAAUUCAGCAGCAACUGGAGCACUUUCAGAAGCAGCAUGACGGAUUCAAAUAUUUUCGGAUGCAGGUGAUUGACAUAUUAUAUGAGGUGGAUCAUUUGGUUGUUGGUUUUAUAAACAAAGAGAUUCCUGAGUGGUGUCUUAUUCUCUGGACAGCGGACAUCAUAGAGGAGAUCACAAAACUAAUGAGGGAGGUAGCGGAGAUUCCUGAAAAGAAAGUCUCUGAAUUAGUAUUGCAUAAUACCACUGAUGUUGGCAGUGCUCAUACUCCAGAAUUUGCUAGGAUUACAAGCAUGAGAGAAGAGAUGGUGGGAUUUCAGGAGGUGAUGCACACUCUAAGACGGCAGCUAAUCAGAGGAUCAUCAGAAUUGGAUGUCAUCUCAAUCGUUGGCAUGCCUGGAUUGGGUAAGACAUUUCUAGCUAACAAACUAAUUUUUGAUCAGUUAGUCGUUUCUCAUUUUGAUGUCCGUGCACAAUGUUGUGUAUCUCAAGUUUAUACACGCAAAGACUUGUUACUAACCAUUCUUCGUGGUAUUAAGAAGGAUACAAUUAUAAGUGAUAAACUACCAGAGAAUGAAUUAGCAGAUAGGUUGCGCAAACUUCUAUUGGUUCAGAGGUACCUUAUCCUCAUUGAUGAUAUCUGGGAAACUGCUGCAUGGGAUGAUCUAUACCCAUGCUUCUGUGAUGCCAAUAAUGGAAGUAGAAUUAUCCUGACAACUCGGCUUGGUGAUGUUGCCUCGUAUGCUAAACUUGUCAGUGAUCCUCAUUUUCUUCGAUUACUUACACCCGAAGAAAGUUGGAUGUUAUUGAAGGAUAAGGUGUUCAAUACAAAAAGUUGCCCCCCUGUCUUAGAAGAUAUUGGCCAAAAGAUAGCACAAAAGUGUGGAGGGCUACCUCUUUCAGUUGUCCUAGUAGCAGGUAUUCUUGAAGGAAUGGAGAAGGAAAAACAUUGUUGGGAACAGGUUGCAAUAAAUUUAGGUUCACACAUCCAGUCUAAGUCAGAGGAUAUAAUAAAUCUUAGUUACCAAGAUUUACCAUUUCAUUUGAAACCUUGUUUUUUGUAUUUUGGAGUAUUUCUAGAGGAUGAAGAGAUACAGGUUUCAAAAUUAACAUGGUUGUGGACAGCAGAAGGUUUGGUAAAAACUCAUAAAGAGAAAAUUUCCGAGGAUAUAGCAGAGUAUUACUUAAAGAACCUUAUUGGAAGAAACCUCGUGAUGGUUUCCAAGAAGAGUUCUGAUGGUAAGACUAAGGCAUGUCGCAUUCAUGACUUGUUGCUUGAGUUUUGUAAAAAGAAAGCCAAGGUGGAGAACUUUCUACAAUGCAUUAAAGGGGACAAUGAUCAUAUGAAUUCUUCUUCUAUUUCCCAUCAGAAGCAUAGCAUUCUACGGCGCUUAUGCCUCUACUCUCAAUUUGAUAAUCUUUCAAAAUGGAUUUCAAUUUGUUCAGAUGUACAAUCAUUCCACUUGAUGAAGGGUACACAAAUUGCAGCAUCAUCAAUACACAAUGCAUCAUACACUUUUAACAGCUUCAAGCUUCUGAGGGUGUUAAAUUUGGAAUUCACUGUAAUUGAUUCUUUCCCAGAAGCGUUAACCUGCUUGAGAUAUGUUGCUGUUAGAAUUUCUGAAGAUUCUUCAUUAUCAUUCUCGUCCAAUCUUUGGAACCUUGAAACUUUGAUAGUUAAAGGAAUGGGAAGACGAGUAUCAUUACCAGACACACUUUGGAAGAUGGUCAAGCUGCGCCAUCUACAUGUAUAUAACAGUGCUAUUAUCCCUAUAUCCAAUGUUCAUGAAGAGCUCCUUAAGAGUCCCCCAAAAAUGAACGAGUUGAGAACUCUUGCCUCAGCAUGGUUUUCUUGUGAGGAGGACGCGAAUAACAUAUUGGUAAAGACACCAAAUCUUCAAAAACUGAGAUGUGAAGUUUUGAGAUGUCAUGACUAUUCCCCUGCAUUUAACAAUCUUACUAAGCUUGAAGUGCUCAAGUUUUCUUGGGGUUGUUUGGGGACCUGGGCCACCCAUCUGAACUUUCCAUCAAGUCUUAAGAAAUUAACACUACUCAAUGGUCCUGUAUUUAGACCUGAUCAGGUUUCAACCCUCCCCAGCCUUGUGGUACUCAAACUGCUAAACGUUUCCAUUAAAAGCGAAGUAUGGGAAGUGACUGAUGAGCAGUUCCCUCGCCUCAAAUUCUUGAAACUACAAAAUCCUUCUUUUUUUGAAUGGAAUGUUUCAGAUGAUGCUUUUCCAUGCCUGGAACACUUGGUGAUAAGAAGAUUGCGACAUCUUGAGCAGAUCCCUCCUCGCUUUGCAGACAUGCUGACUCUAAAAUCUAUUGAGGUGAUAUCAUGCAAAGAAUCACUUGUUGAAUCAGCCAAGGAUAUCCAGGAAAAACAAGUUGAAGAAAUGCAAAAUUGUGGUUUCAAACUCUUUAUCCAGAAGUAGAACAAUCAUCAUACCUUGACCCUCAAAUUCAAGCUCGAUUUGGUUAUCAGGUACGUACACAGUUGAUCCACUGCAACUACAGUUAAACGUGUGUAUUUAUAUAUGUAAUGUUAGGUUUAAUUGAUAGGUUAAAUGGGAAAUGGAGGGAAAAGAAGCGGAGAGAAAAAUGAUUUGUUAUCUCUUGCUUUAUGAAAUAAGCAUUUAUCCACAUUGGUGGUGGAAAGAAAAAGUCUCCUACUUAAAAGUAGAAGCACUCCUUCAUGUUGCUAAAUGGUCAAGAAGAGUGUCUCCCCUUGCGCUAUUGUCGUCGUCACUCGGCUUUGGAAUUGAUUGAUAAUCUUUUUGGACCAAAUUUCCUUUAAUUUUUUAAUUAAUUAAUAUUAUUUAUUUAUUUAAUUAAUUAAUUGAAAAUCCUGACCCGUGACCCGACCCGUUUCUUUCUUUCCUGGAUUAAUUUAAAAUAUUUCCCUCCGUUUUCCCAAAGGUUGCAACCUUGUCUGAAAAGUGACAAACUUUUUCCC